GCGUGUGAGCCGAGAGCGUCGUCGCGUGCGCCGGCCCCGGCGAGCUCGCUCUCUCCUCCUCCCCGAGCCCCGACCAGAAGCAGCUUCCAUGGCGUCCGGCAGAUGGAGCCGCAAGCCAUCGCGGCCCCCUCGCGCGGUCACCCCCCUCAAGGCGCUACUGCUGCCCGUGCUCCUCCUCGCCUUCUCCUCCUCCUCCGCGGCGGCGGCCGCGAUGCACAACAACAACUGGGCCGUGCUCGUCUGCACCUCCCGCUUCUGUUGGUGGGGUGUCACUCACGGGAAGAUGAUUUUAAGGGUACAGUCCAGCCUCUGUGAAGGCAAGUAUGCAGUUGAAAAGGGCAAAAGGAAACCCCUGGAUCGAAAGCAGUGGAUGAACAGCUUGAGCAUGGACAUGCCAUAUCUGGCAUUUUCUGUAUUCAUCAGAUGCUGACUUGUUGGCUAUAUGCGCUAUUACGAAUGAAGGGCUGGCACAUCGGCUUGCUUUGGAACCCAAAGCUUUGGAUCGUUUGCAUUAGGGUGUCUGAGGGGGGGUUUGUUGGAUGAACCAUGUAGCUACUGUCAGCUAUGGCAACUACAUACCUAUCCUUUGGGUGCUGUUGUGUUUGAUG